AUGAAGCUUUCUGUCGCAACUAUUGCCAUUGUUGGAACAGCAGCAAUCGCUACCGUUCACGGCGCUGCAGUUGACACCACCAACGCACAGCCCGAAUUCGCCAACGAUCUUUACGACUACGAUGCUCCUGAACUUCCCGGGCGCUUGGGGCGGAGGAUGGGGCUGGCGCGGAGGCUUUUGGCCUGGCGGCGGCUGGGGCUGGCGCGGCGGGUUCUGGCCCGGUGGUGGCUGGCGUGGUGGAUGGGGCGGCUGGCGUGGCGGAUGGGGCUGGUAAAGCUGAGGCUUGAUUCUUUGAAAGCAGUGUUGCGAAGUCCAAGCGUGACCACCCCCAGCUAA